AUGGAUUUCCUUUCAAAAACUACAUCUGAUGUAGAUUUAAGAAAAAAAAUUAAUACAAAUAAUUUUUCAUCAAUUGAAGCAAAAGUUAAAGAAUGGAAAAGAAAAAAUUAUGAUUAUCAACAAAAGAAAUAUCAUAGUAAAGAUAAGAUUGUAUUACAAUCACUUGAAACAAUAGAACAAAGUAGAAGAAAAUCUAUGUCCGAUAUACAUGCUUUUGUAUUAACAAAAUUACCAACAGGACAUGCAAAACAUAAUAUUUUAAAACAUAUGAUAGAUCUAGAAACACCAACACAAACAGAAAAUGGUUCCACUUUGGAUGAUGAUGAUUAUCAUUUAGCAAGAAGAAAAAAUUCUUAUAAUUAUAAAAAUAAUGAUCUUCAAAAAUGUCGUUCAGCAACAUCAACUAUUGGAAGUAUGUAUGAUAUGGAAAAAAAUAGUUCAAUUAUAAAUUUUACAUUACCAUCUAUUAGAACAACACAAUAUAAAAGUAACUCAACAUCUAAUAUACAUGAAUAUGUUUUAUCAAAAAUGAAAGAAGGAAAUUGUCGUAAUAAUAUUCUUUAUGAUAUUCUUGAUCUUGCUAUACCAAUACCAUCAGAAAAAUCAUCACUCCACGAUGAUAUGUCUUCUCUUAAAGAUUGGAAAUCAGUUGUUCAAUUAAAACCAAUAUCAUUAAGUGAUAAUAAAAUUAGAAAACUUUCACCUGUACCUCCAUUAAUAUUUACACGAUCAACAUUAAGAAAAAUACCAUUAAGAAGUACAUCAAUGGUUGGUGGUUUGGUACAUUCUAAUUCAUUAACAAAUAUGAUGCCAUUUAAUAAAACUAUUGUUUUUGAUCAUAUUAUUCCCGAGGAAAUAGAAAGUGCCAUAAAAUCACCUAUUCGAACAACACCAACAUCAAAAUCUGAUGAAAAAAAACCAUUUUUUGAUUUAUCAAGACAAUCAAGUUUAACAAAUUCUUUUGAAUUAUGUGAUAAUUUAAAUGAUGAAAAAGCAAAUGAUAAAAAUUUUUUAAAUUUACCAUCAAAAGAUAAUCAAAAUAAUAGAGGUAAAAAAUUAAAUGGCAAAAUAAAAUUUCAAUUUGAUUCGAAGUCGUUAAAUGAUUUAAAUGUUGACAAUAAUAAUACGGGAGAAAUAUUAAAAGAUAAUGAAAUUGAUAGUUAUGAUAGUGAAAUAAAAAACAAUAUUAAUAAUAAAAGAAAAUUAGGUGCUUGUAUUAAUGAACCAAUUAAUUUUUGUGAAAUGAGUAUUUUGGAUGAAAUCCCAGCAUCGGGAUUAAAAAUUUCACCAGAAAGACGACGUGAAUUACUUAGACUUAGUGGACAAGGUGAUUCAGACGACGAGAUUACAGAAAGUAUUUCUGAAUUGCCAUCUAUUUCAACGUCUGCAAAACCUAGAUCUGCUAAAAAAUCUGUUAAAUUAGCUAUUGACGAAGAGUCUGCUGGAAUGCCAGCUAUAAUUGCCGACAAAGCCACAAAAACGUCUGUUAAUGUUAAAGGGCAAUUAACAUCAUCUAAAGUAGAGAAACAAGCUGUUGCUGAAGAGUCGCAAGUUACUGUUAGUACUAAAAAAAUUAAAAAACGUAUUGUAAAAAAAGAUGGUGUUACUAAAUGUGUUUCUGAAACAGGAAAUGAGAAUAUAGAAACAUCUUCUCAAAAAUCUGUUUCAACGUCUUUGUCAAAUGAAAAAAAUACAUCAAAAAUAAAGAAAUCAUCGAAAAAUGAUACUUCUGAUAUUGGAUUCGGUGAUGAUGAUUAUAAGGUUAAGAAAAAUUCUACUACAACAGACGAAAAAGCUGCAUUCAUGAGGAAGAGUGAAAGAUUAUCAAGUGUAUCAUCAAGUAAAAAGAGUGAGGUAUCAUCAUCUUCAAAAAUCUCUGUUAUCAGUAAACAAGUAGAAAUUAAAAAGCGACCUUUAAAAACAGAAGAAUCUUCAUCUCCUUUCGACGUUAAACUUAAAAAAACACCAAAAAAAAAAGAAAGCGAUGAAGAGAAUAAAGAAAAACAUAAAUUAAAUUCUGUUUGUAAUAAUAAUAUUGCAUCUCAAGUAGGACGAGGUUCUGACUCAACAGAUAGUUCAAGAAAUAAUUCAAUAUUUGAAUUAAAUAAAGGGAAGGUAGCUGAAUUAAAAAAAUCUGAAUCUGGAAAUGUUCGUCGUAGUAGUGUUGAUAUGAGACGUGGUUCUGUUAGUUUUCAAGAGGUAACAGAAAAAGAAUCAACACCAUUAAAACCAAAAGGACCAAAAGGAUGUCCAGCACGUAUUAUUGAAAUACCAGAAAAUGUUACUGUUGCUGAAAAUGAAACUGCAAUAUUUAAAUGUAAAAUUGAAGGUGAUCCUCCACCAACAUUUAAAUGGUAUAAAGGUAAAAGAGAAAUAAUUAAUGGACCAAGAAUUAAAAUUAUGACUGAUGGUAAAGAAGGUGAGAUAACAUUAGUUAUUGGAAAAUGUCGUAGUCAAGAUGAUGGCCAAUAUACAUUAAAUGUAGAAAAUAAACAUGGUAAAGAUGUUUCUCCAUCAAAAUUACUUGUUACCGCUGAAAGUGGUUUAGAUUUUCGAUCUAUGCUUAAAUCAAGAGAUUCUGUACAAGUUGGUUUAGCAAAUAAAGAAAAACCAGAAGAAAUGACACCAGAUGCUAGAAGAAUGUCUUUAUUCCCUGGAAAAAAAGUAGAAAAAUGGGAUAAACCAUUAGAAGAUACAACUUGUCAACAACAAGUUAAUAAAUUAGUUGAACUUAAAUGUGUUUAUUCACGUCCAAAUGCCAAAAUUAGAUGGUAUAAAGAUAAAAAAGAAAUUUUCUCUGGUGGUUUAAAAUAUCGUAUUAAUAUUGAAAAAAAUGAAACAACAUUAGUUAUUAAUAAUCCAGAAGUUGAAGAUACAGGAAAUUAUAUAUGUGAAGCAAAUGGUAUUAAAACAAAUUGUCAAUUAACUGUUCUUGAACCACCAUUAAAAUGUCAAUUUGUUGUUCCACUUCCAAAUACACAAGAAGUAUUUAGAACUAAAAAAGCAGAAUUAUCAUGUAAAGUUAAUACAAGUAAAGCUCCAUUAGUAUGGAUAAGAAAUGGUAAAGAAGUAUCAGCUGAUGAUCCUAGAUUUAUAAUGGAAAAAGAUGCUGUUGGUAGAUUUACAUUAACAAUUAAAGAAGUUAUUGAAAGUGAUCAUUGUGAAUGGAUUGCUAAAAUUUCUAAUGAAGUAAAAUCAAAAGUUAUGGUAUAUGUUGAAGAACCACGUCAAACAUUUGUUGUACCAUUAAAAUCACAAAAAGUAACUGAAAAAGAAGAUGCUACAAUGGAAUGUGAUGUUAAUGAUAGAGAUGCUGAUGUUGAAUGGUUCCAUGAUGGAGAAAAAAUUCAUGUUGAUGGUAAAAGAUAUAUAGAAGAAAGAGUUGGUAGAAAACGUCGUUUAACUAUAACAAAUACUCGACCAGAUGAUGCUGGAGAAAUUAAAUGUACAACAAAAGAUGAUAAAUCUAUUUGUCAAUUGAUUGUUGAAGCAUUAAAUAAAUUUAUUGUUAAAUUAAAAGAUAUGGAUGUUAUUGAACAUUCUGAUAUAACAUUAAGAUGUGAAACAAAAGAUACUAAAACACCAGGUAUAUGGAUGAAGAAUGGUAAAACAAUUCAAUCAAUGCCAGGUGGUAAAUUUGAAACAACAUCUAGAAAUGGUAUUCAUAUUCUUAAAAUUAAACAUAUUGAAAUAUGUGAAGGUGAUAUUUAUGAAAUUGAUUCUGCUGGAUUAAUUGGUUCAUGUAAAAUUAAUGUUCUUGAAGCAGAAAAAAAACCUGUAUUAAAUUGGAAACCUAAAAAAAUUGAAGCUCAAGCUGGAAAACCAGAAGUUAUUCAAGUUCCAUUUAGUAUAAAAGGAACUAGAACUGGUGAUCCUAAAGUUAGAUUAUUAAAAGAUGGUAAACCAGUCGAUUUAGAUGCAAUGAAAGAUUUAGUUGAAGUUGUUAUUGUUGGUGAUGUUGCUGAAAUUCGUUUUAAAAAUCCAAAAAAAGAAGAUACAGGAAAAUGGGCUUUAGAAUUAUCAAAUACUGGUGGUACAGCAUUAGCACCAUUUGAAUUUAAUGUAAGAGAUAAACCAAAAGCACCUAAAGGACCUUUAGAAACAAAAAAUAUUACUGCUGAAGGUUGUGAUUUAAAAUGGGAUAAAAAUGAUGGUGAUGAACAACCACAUAAAUACAUUGUUGAAAUGCAAGAAGGACGUAGUGGUAAUUGGGCAAAAAUUGGUGAAGCUAAAGGAACAGAAUUUAAAGUAAAAGAUUUAAAAGAAAAUGGAGAAUAUAAAUUCCGUGUUAAAGCUGUUAAUGAUGUUGGUGCUUCUGAUCCACUUACAGGUGAAUCUAUUCUUGCAAGAAAUCCAUAUGAAGUUCCUGGUAAACCACGUCAAAUGGAGGCUGUUGAUAUAAAUAAAGAUAGUCUUACAUUACAAUGGGCACCACCAGAUAAUGAUGGAGGUGCUCCAAUAUCAAGUUAUAUUGUAGAAAGAAGAGAAAAAUCAGAAAAGGAAUGGAAUGUUGUUGGUGAAACACCAGUAGAUCCAAAUGCUGAACCUGGAAGUAAACAUCAACUUAUUGAUGAUAAAGUAGUUGAAGGAAAAGAAUAUUAUUACAGAGUAAAAGCUGUUAAUAAAGCUGGUCCAGGUGAUCCAUGUGAUCAUGGAAGAGCAUUUAAAAUUAAAGCUAAACCUGCUGAACCUAAAUUUACUGAUGGUGGACUUAAAGAUUUAUAUUUAAAAGUUGGUGAAACAAUUAAAUAUGAAUUAAAAAUAGCUGGUGAACCACUUCCUGAUGUAUCAUGGUCAGUAAAUGGUAAACCAUUAAAAAUUCAAGGAAGAGUUAAAUUAUCAACUGAAAGAGGAAGAACAAUUCUUAAGAUUGAGAAUGCUCUUCGUUCAGAUAGUGGAGCAUAUACAAUUAAAUUAAAAAAUGCAAGUGGUGAAUGUUCUUCAACAGGUAAUGUAACAGUUGUUGGAAAACCAACUCCACCAAAAGGACCAUUAAAAGCAAAAGAUAUUAAUGCUGAAGGUUUAACAUUAGAAUGGCAAUUACCAGAAGAUGAUGGUGGUGUACCAUUAGAAGGAUUUAUUAUUGAAGCACAAGAUCUUGAUGAAAAAGGCAAAUUUGUUCAAGUUGGUUCUGUAGGACCUGGUGAAACAGCUGCUGUUAUAACAGGUCUUAAAAAUAAAGGAAAUUAUAAAUUCCGUGUUAAGGCUAUAAAUAAAGAAGGUGAAUCUGAUCCAUUAAUUGCAGAUGAUUAUAUUUUGGUUAAAAAUCCAUGGGAUGAACCUGGCAAACCAGGAAGACCAGAAAUUGUUGAUGUUGAUAGCGAUAAUAUGACACUUCAAUGGGAUCCACCAAUGAAAGAUGGUGGUGCUCCAAUUGAAGAGUAUAUUAUUGAAAUGAAAGAUCCAGAUACAAAAGAAUGGGUACAAGUUGCUACAUCUCCAACAACAUCUGCUAAAGUUACUGGAUUAAAAGAAGGAAAAGAUUAUCAAUUUAGAGUUAAAGCUGUUAAUAAAGCUGGACCUAGUAGUCCAUCAGAACCAUCUGAAAAGAGAACAGCUAAACCUAAAUUUGUUCCAGCAUGGUUAAAUCAUGAGGAUUUAAAAGAUCUUGUUGUUAAAGCAGGACAAAUUGCUAAAUGGGAUGUUAAAAUUGGUGGUGAACCACAUCCAGCAGUUGUAUGGGAAAAAAAUGAUAAAAUUAUUGCUGUUCGUGCUGAUAGAGGUUUAUAUAAAUUGUCAGUAAAAAAUUCAUGUGGUCAAGAUUCAUCAUCGGCCAAUUUGGUCGUUGUUGAUAAACCAUCAAAACCAAGAGGUCCAUUAGAAGUUUCUAAUGUCUUUGAAAAUGAAUGUGAUUUAGAAUGGAAAGCACCAGAAGAUGAUGGUGGUGAACCAAUAGAAUAUUAUGAAGUAGAAAAAUUAGAUGUUGAUACAGGUCGUUGGGUUCCAGCUGCAAAAGUAAAAGGAACACAAGCACAUAUUCAAGGACUUAAGAAAGGACAAUCAUAUCAAUUUAGAGUUAAAGCUGUUAAUAAAGAAGGUGCUUCUGCUCCUCUUAAUACUGAAAAUGCUACAAUUGCCAAAAAUCCAUAUCAUGAACCAGGAAAACCAUCACAACCAGAUAUUACUGAUUGGGACACUGAUAGAGUAUCAUUGAAAUGGGAUCCACCAGAGAAUGAUGGUGGAGCUCCAAUAACACAAUAUAUUAUCGAAAAAAAGAAUAAACAUUCUCGUGAUUGGCAAGAAUGUGGAAAAGUAGGUGGACAAGAUACAGAAACAACAAUAACUGGAUUAAAAGAAGGUGAAGAAUAUCAAUUCCGUAUUGUUGCUGUUAACAAAGCUGGUCCUGGUGAAGCAUCAGAUCCUAGUAGAAAAGUUAUCGCAAAAGCCAGAAAUCUUAAACCACAUAUUGAUAGAGAAUCAAUGAAAACAAUAACAAUAAAAGUUGGCCAAAAUGCAGACUUUGAUGUUCCAGUUAGAGGAGAACCACCUCCAGAAUUGGUUUGGACAUUUAAUGAUAAACCAUUAGAUUUAACUAAUAAACAUAUUAGAAUACAAAAUGAAGAUUAUCGUACUCAAUUUGCUUUACGUAAUUCUACUAGAGCUCAUGCUGGAAGAUAUACACUUACAGCAACAAAUAUUAAUGGUACUGAUUCACAUUAUGUAGAUAUUAUUGUUUUAUCACGUCCUAGUAAACCAAUGGGACCUUUAGAAGUUUCAGAGAUUUUUGAAGAUAAAUGUACUUUAGAUUGGAAACCACCAGAAGAUGAUGGUGGAACUCCAAUUGAUCAUUAUGAAAUUGAAAAAAUGGAUCUUGCUACUGGACGUUGGGUACCAUGUGGAAGAUCAGAUGGUACAAAAGCUGAAGUUCAAAAUUUACAGCCAGGGCAUUCUUAUCAAUUUAGAGUUAGAGCUGUAAAUAAGGAAGGAGAAUCUGAUCCUUUGACAACUGAUGCAGCAAUUCUUGCUAAAAACCCAUAUGAAGUACCAGAUAAAGUUAAAAAGCCAGAAAUUGUUGAUUGGGACAAGGAUCAUGUUGAUUUGAAAUGGGAAGCUCCAGAUGAUGGUGGUGCACCAAUUGAAGCAUAUAUCAUUGAAAAGAAGGAUAAAAAUGGAAGAUGGAGUGAAGCUGCUGUUGUACCAGCAGAUCAAACUAAUGCAACUGUUACCAAUGUUACUCCAGGAGAAGAAUAUCAAUUUAGAAUUUCUGCAAAAAAUAAAGCUGGUGUUGGUGAAGCAUCUGAUCCAAGUGAUUCAGUUAUUUGUAAACCAAGAAAUUUACCACCACAUAUUCAUAGAGAAGAUCUUGAAGAUGUUAUUAUUAAAGUUGGACAAAGUCAUAAAUUUAUAGUUAAUAUUGAUGGUGAACCAGUUCCAUCCGUAACAUGGACAUGUGAUGGUAAACCACUUCAAAAUAUUCAAAUUGAUAAUGAAGAUUACAUAUCUAAAUUUAAUAUUCCUAAAGCAUUAAGAAAACAAAGUGGAAAAUAUACUAUUACAGCAACUAAUAUAAAUGGUUCUGAUUCAGUUACAAUUGAUAUAAAAGUUAAAGGAAGACCUUCAAAACCUAAAGGUCCGUUAGAUGUUUCUAAUGUAACUGAAGAUAAUUGUCAUUUAGAAUGGCAACCACCAGAGGAUGAUGGUGGUGAACCUGUUCAAUAUUAUGAAGUUGAACGUAUGGAUACACGUGAUGGUGUAUGGGUACCAAUAGGAAGAGCAACUGAUUGUGGUAUGGAUGUUGAUGGUUUAAAUAAAGGUUCUCAUUACAAAUUUAGAGUUAGAGCAGUUAAUAAUGAGGGUAAAUCAGAUGAAUUAGAGACAGAUGAAUCAAUUCUUGCUAAAAAUCCAUUUGACAGACCUGGUAAACCAGAAAAUGCUGAAGCAGUUGAUUGGGACGAAGAUCAUGUUGAUAUAAAAUGGGAUCCACCAUUAAAUGAUGGUGGAAGUCCAGUUACAGAAUAUAAAAUUGAAAAACGUACUAAAUAUGGUAGAUGGGAAGAUGCUAUUGCUGUUCCAGGUGAUUCUACAUCAGCUACCAUUCCAAAUUUAACUCCUGGUGAAGAAUAUGAAUUUAGAGUUGUAGCUAUUAAUAAAGGUGGUGCAUCUGAUCCUUCUGAUGCAACUAAACCAGUUAUUACUAAACCAAGAAAUCUUCCACCAAAGAUUGAUAGAAAAAAUUUGAAAAAAACAAAAAUAAGGUCAGGACAAAUGAUAACAUUUGAUAUUAAUAUUGAAGGUGAACCUGCACCAACUGUUGUUUGGACAAAUAAUGAUGGUUCUGAAAUAAGAAAUGGUGGUAGGGUAAGAUUAGAAAAUCCAGAUUAUAAAUCAAAACUUCAAAUUAGAAAUUGUGAAAGAGAUAUGUCUGGAACAUAUGAAAUUCGUGCAACAAAUUGUAAUGGUGAAGAUUCUGCUACAGUUGAAAUUCUUGUUGUUGACAAACCAGAAGCUCCAGAAGGUCCAUUAGUUGUUUCUGACAUUUUUGCUGAUAAUGUAACAUUAGAUUGGAAACCACCAAAAGAUGAUGGUGGUGAACCUAUUGAAAAUUAUGUAAUUGAAAAAUUAGAUACAGCAACUGGAACUUGGCUUCCAGCAACUAAAGUUGAUGGAAAUGAAACAAAAGCUAAAGUUGAAGGAUUAAUACCUGGACACGAAUAUAAAUUCCGUGUUGCAGCUGUUAAUGCUGAAGGAGAAUCAGUACCACUAGAAACAUUUGAAAAAAUAAUUGCUAAGAAUCCAUUUGAUGUUGCUGGUAAACCAGGACAACCAGAAAUAACGGAUUGGGACAAAGAUUUUGCUGAUCUUAAAUGGACUCCACCAUUAGAUGAUGGUGGUGCUCCAAUUGAAGAAUAUAUUAUUGAAAUGAAAGAAAAAUAUUCACCAUUAUGGACAGAAGUUGCUGCUGUACCAGCUGAUCAAACUUCUGGAAGAGUUGAAAAUCUUAAAGAAGGAAAUGAAUAUGAAUUUAGAAUUAGAGCUAAAAAUAAAGCUGGUAAAGGUUCUCCAUCAGAACCAUCUGAUACAAUGAUAGCUAAAUCAAGAAAUGUACCACCAAAAAUAGAUAAAAAUUCUAUUCAUGAAAUUAAAGUAAAAGCAGGACAAUCGUUUGAUCUUGAUAUUCCUAUUACUGGUGAACCAACUCCUGUUAUUACAUGGGAUUUCGAAGGUAGUCCUGUUGAAGAUUCUGACCGUAUGAAAGUAAUAAAUAAUGAAGAAAAAACAAGAUUUAUUGUUAAAAGAGCUGUUCGUGGUGACACUGGUACAUAUACAAUAAAAGCUGAAAAUGUUAAUGGAACUGAUACAGCUGAAGUUAAAGUUACAGUUGUUGACAGACCUUCAGAACCACGUGGUCCAUUAGAAAUUAGUGAUAUUAAAGAAAAUGGAUGUUCUCUUGCCUGGAAACCACCAAAUGAUGAUGGUGGUGCUGAAAUUUCACACUAUGUUGUUGAAAAACAAGAUGCAAAUACCGGAAGAUGGAGCAAUUGUGGUGAAGCACUUGAUACUAAUUUUGUUGUUGAUGACUUAAUUAAGGGACAUGAAUAUAAAUUCCGCAUUAAAGCAGUUAAUAAAUAUGGAGAAUCUGAUCCAUUAGAAUCAACUAAACCAAUUAUAGCAAAAAAUCCAUUUGAUAAAGCAGAUCGCCCUGGAACACCAGUUAUAACUGAUUGGGAUAAAGACUUUGCUGAUAUUGAAUGGGCUCCACCAAAUGAUGAUGGUGGUGCUAAAAUUGAAGGCUACCAAAUCGAAAAAAGAUUGGUUGGUGGAGAUUGGGAAGAUUGUGGUGAAGUUAGUGGAGAUACAACUAAAGCUAAAGUAGAUGGUCUUAUUCCUGGUAAAACUUAUCAAUUUAGAGUUAAAGCUAUUAACAAAGCUGGUGAAUCAUUACCAUCAGAUCCAAGUAGAGAAUUAUUAGCCAAAACAAGAAGACUACCACCAAAAAUUGAUAGAUCAAUGCUUUUUGAUAUUAAAGUUAAAAAAGGUGGCAUUAUAGAUUUCGAUGUUAAUGUAGAAGGUGAACCAAAUCCUAAAAUACAAUGGUUAUUGAAUACAAUUCUUUUAACUGUUUCUUCAAGAACUAAAAUAGAUGAUAGUCAAGCAAACAAUACAAAACUUAAAACAACUGAUGCUGAACGUCUUGAUUCUGGUGUUUAUAAAAUUAUUGCAACAAAUGAAUACGGAAAAGAUGAAGCUGAAGUUAAUGUUGUUGUGCUUGAUAUUCCAGGAACUCCUAGAGGACCUCUUGAUGUCAGUGAUGUUACAAAAGAUUCGGCUGUUGUUUCAUGGAGAGAACCAGAAGAUGAUGGAGGUUCUCCAAUAUCACAUUAUAUUGUUGAAAAACAAGAAGAUAAUGGAAGAUGGGUACCAUGUGGUGAAACACCAGAUACAAAAAUAAAAGUACCAAAACUUAAUGAAGGUCAUGAAUAUAAAUUUAGAGUUAAAGCAGUAAAUAAACAAGGAGAAUCUAUUCCUUUAAUUCAACAUGGUUCUACAAUUGCUAAGAAUCCAUUUGACAAACCAGGAAAACCUCAAGAUGUAGAUAUUACUGAUUGGGACAAAGAUAAAAUGACUGUAGAAUGGAAACCACCAAUUAAUGAUGGUGGUGCUCCUAUUCAAAAUUAUAUUGUUGAAAAGAAAGAUACUUUAGGACAAUGGGUUGAAUGUGCUACAGUUCCUGGUGAUGUAACAAAGGCAGUUGUUGAUAAUCUUAUACCAGGAGAAACAUAUCAAUUUAGAGUUAAGGCUGUUAAUAAAGGAGGUGUUGGUGAACCAUCUGAUGCUUCAAGAAGCCAAGUUGCUAAACCAAGAAAACUUGCACCAAGAAUUGAUUUAUCAGGAUUGCUUGAUCAAAGAAUUAGAGCUGGAAAUCCAGUAAAUUUAAGUAUCUAUUUUGAAGGUGAACCUGAACCAGAGGCAACAUGGUUAAUUAAUAAUAAAACACCAACUGAAAGAGUAUUAAUUGAAAAUAAAGACCAUAUAUCCAAGGUAACUAUUUUCUCUUCUAUUCGAUCAGAUACUGGUUCAUAUCAAAUUACAGUUGAAAAUGAAUAUGGAAAAGAAUCAGCAUCAUGUAAUAUUACAAUUCUUGAUGUUCCUGGUGUUCCAGAAGGACCUCUUAAAGCUACAGAUAUUAAUAAAGAAGGAUGUAAAUUAUCAUGGAAACCACCAAUUGAUAAUGGCGGUUCUGAAAUUAUUGGUUAUAUUGUUGAAAAAAUGGAUACAAGUAGAGGAACAUGGCAAGAAGUUGGAGAAUUUCCUGAUUGUAAUGCUACUAUAAGAGGAUUAACAAAUGGAAAAACUUAUCAAUUUAGAGUUAAAGCUGUUAAUCUUGAAGGAGAAUCAAAACCAUUAGAAGGAGAUGAAGAUGUUUUAGCUAAAGAUCAAUUUGAAGUUCCUUCACCACCAGGACAACCUAAAGUAAUUGAUUGGGAUGUUGAUAGAAUUGAUAUAAAAUGGACACCACCAGAAGAUAAUGGAGGUGAUCCAAUAAAAGAAUAUAUAGUUGAAAGAAGAGAAAAAGGUUCAACUUUAUGGGUUGAAUGUGGCAAUGUUGGUGGAAAAACAACAGAAUUUUCAGCAACUGGUCUUAGAAAAGGUGCUGAAUAUGAAUUCAGAGUAGUUGCUGCUAAUAAUGCUGGUUAUUCUGAUCCAUCUGAACCAUCACAAGGACAAAUUGCUAAAGCUAGAUAUGUUAAACCAAAAAUUAUAUCACAACAAAGAAAAUUCAAAGUUAAAGCUGGUUAUUCUUUAUCAUUAAAUGUUGAAUUUAUUGGUUCACCAGAUCCAGAAGUUGUAUGGAAAGUAAAUGGUACAACACCAUUGCCAUCAGAACUUCUUCUUGAUAAUAAAGAAGGAUUAACAACAAUAUUUUAUCCAUGUUGUAAAAGAUCAGAUAGUUCAAAUUAUCAUCUUACAAUUUCAAAUGAACUUGGUAGUGAUGAAGGUAUAUUUGAACUUAUUGUACAAGAUAAACCAUCACCACCAGAAGGACCAUUAAUAAUUGAAGAUGUUAAUAAAUCUGGUUGCAAAUUAUCAUGGAACCCACCAAAAGAUGAUGGAGGAUCAGAAAUUACUAAUUAUAUUGUUGAAAGAAGAGAUAUUAGAAAUCAAUCAUGGGUACCAGUUAAUCAAUUUUGCACAAGUACAUCAUGUACUGUUUCAAAACUUCAUGAAGGACAUGAUUAUGAAUUUAGAAUUAUUGCAGAGAAUGCAUUAGGUCAAUCAUUACCACUUGUUUCUGAUUCACCUACAACAAUGAAAGAUCCAUAUGGUACACCUGGAAAACCUGGUAAACCAAAAAUUGUUGAUUCUGACUAUGACUUUAUUGAAUUAGUUUGGUCACCACCUUCAGAUGAUGGUGGUUCACCAAUUGAUCAUUAUGAUAUUGAAAGAAAAGAUCAGAAAUCAGGAAGAUGGAUUAAAGUUAAUACUUCUCCUGUACAUGACACGAAAUAUACUGAUACUAAUGUUCAAAAAGAACAUGGAUAUGAAUACAGAGUUGUUGCUGUUAAUAAAGCUGGACCUGGUAAACCAUCAGAUCCAUCAAAUAUUGCUUUUGCUAAACCAACAAAACAAGCACCAUCAUUUGAACUUGAUAUUGAUGGUAAAGAAAUUCGUGUCCAUGCUGGAGAACCAAUAAAUUUCAGUGUUCCAUAUAUUGGUGCACCAUUACCAGAUAUCACAUGGACUCGUGAGGGUAUAUCUAUUUCUGAUAUUACUUCUGAUGGUUUCAAGACUACAUUUUAUAAAGAAAAAUCAAGAAGAAAUGAUACUGGAAUAUAUACAAUUAAACUUGAAAAUGAAUAUGGUAUAGCUCAAGCUAAAGUACUUAUUUCUGUUGUUGAUAAACCAGGACCACCUGAACCACCAAUAGAUUUUAAUAAAGUAACAAAAAGAUCAAUUCAAUUUUCAUGGAAAGAACCUAAAGAUGAUGGAGGAAGUCCAAUUAUUGGUUAUCAUAUAGAAUUCCAAGAAGUUGGUUCAAAUUAUUGGGAAAAAGUUAGUGAAUUAAUUGUUCAUACACAAUAUAAUGUUCGUGGACUUGAACAUGAACAAAAAUAUAGAUUUAAAAUUACUGCUGAAAAUAUUGUUGGUAUAUCAGAACCAUAUAUAACAGAACCAGUUACAGCUAAAGAUCCAUUUGAUGUACCAUCUGCUCCAUCUACACCAGAAGUUACAGAGAUAACUAAAAAUUCAGUUGGUUUAGAAUGGAAUCCACCAAGAGAUGAUGGUGGUUCACCAAUCACAGGAUAUGUUGUUGAAAGAUUUGAAAAAAGAGGUGGUGGUGAUUGGGCUCCAUGUAGAAGUGUUAAAUUUGAUGGUACAAAUGCAAUUGUUACUGGAUUAGCUGAAGGUGAAACAUAUCAAUUUAGAAUUCGUGCUAUUAAUGCUGCCGGAGAAUCUCCUCCUUCUAAUAGUUGUCAACCAAUAAUUUGUGAAGAUCAAGUAUAUGUUCCAUCGUCACCAGAAAAUGUAAAAGUUGCAAAGACAACAAAUGAUUCUGCUACAAUAACAUGGUUAAAACCAAUUAAUGAUGGUGGUUUACCAAUUGAAGGAUAUAUUAUUGAAAAAAGAAAACGUGAUUCUGAUGAUUGGGAAAGAGCUAAUGGAAAACUUAUUAAAGGAAAUACAUAUGAUGUUACUGGUCUUAAAACAGGUGAUGAAUAUGAAUUUAGAGUUAUUGCUGUUAAUAAAAAAGGUGAAUCAAAACCAUCUUCUGCUACUGAUAUGACUAAAAUACAAAAUGCUCCUGGACGACCAUUCUUUGAUUUAUCAGGUCUUAAAGAUAUUAUUGUUAAAGCUGGUGAAGUUAUCACAUUUACAUUACCACUUUUUAAUGCUAAUCCAAAACCAGUAUGUGAUGUAUUAAAUAAUAAUGUUAUGAUAUUAGAAAAUGAUAGAACAUCAAUAGUUGUAGAUGAAUCAAAAGUUGUUUUUACAACUAAAAAUGCUAAAAUUACUGAUGCUGGUAAUUAUAAAGUUAUUGUAGAAAAUAGAUUUGGAAAAGAUUUUGCCAAAUUAAAAGUUACAGUAUUAGAUGCACCAGGAAAACCAACAGGUCCAAUUAAAGCAUUUGAAGUUACAGGUGAUUCAAUGACAUUAACAUGGUUACCACCUAAAAAUGAUGGUGGUGGUGCUAUAACAAAUUAUAUUGUUGAAAAGAAAAAUCCUUAUACAGGUGAAUGGGAAAAAAUUGGAAGUCCUAUUGGUACAACAUUUAAAGCUAGAAACUUAGAUAAUGGUGUUGGUUAUGAAUUUAGAAUUUCUGCAGAAAAUCAAUAUGGUAUAUCUGAACCAUUAUAUGGUGACGAUCCAUUUAUUGCUAAAAAUCCAUUUGAUCCACCAGGUCCACCUGGAACACCUGAAUGUGUUGCUUUUAGUGAAGAUAGUAUUACAGUACAAUGGGCAAGACCAUCAUACGAUGGUGGAUCACCAAUUCAAGGGUAUAUUCUUGAAAAACGUGAAACUGGUACAAAUAAUUGGUCAAGAGUUACUUUUUCAAAUAUUUAUGAUACAAAAUUCAAAGUUAAUGGACUUAUACCACAAAAAUCAUAUGAAUUUAGAGUAUGUGGUGUUAAUGCUGCUGGUCCAGGUGAUUAUUCACGUCCAUCUGAUUCAAUUGUUGCUUCAAUGGCAGCUUGUAAACCUAGAGUUAAUUUAGGUGCUCUUGGACAUGAUAUUACUGCAUUAGCUGGUGAAGAAGUUAAAAUACUUAUACCAUAUGCUGCUAGUCCAAGACCCGAAAUUACAUGGUCUAAAGGUCUUAAUCAACUUAGUGAAAUGACUCCUGAAUAUGUCAUUGAGUCUAGUGAUUAUUUAACAGAAUUAAAAUAUCAUAAAGUUAGUAAAUCUGAUGCUGGUACGUAUCAUAUAAGAAUUGAAAAUGAUAUGGGAUCAGAAGAAGUAGAAAUGAGAUUGAAAGUUGUUGAUAAACCAGGAAUACCUGAAGGACCAUUAGAAAUUGAUGAUAUAUGUCCUGAAACAUGUACAUUAUCAUGGAAACCACCAAAAGAUGAUGGUGGAUCACCAAUUACAAAUUAUGUUAUUGAAAAAUGUCAUAUUUUAAAGAAUGGAGAAGAAGUAUGGUCAAAAGUUAGUAGUUUUACAAGAAAUACUAGUAUAACAGUUACUGGUUUAGAAGAAAAUGAAAGAUAUAAAUUCCGUGUAUAUGCUGAAAAUCAAUAUGGAUUAUCACAACCAUUAAUUUCAACAGAACCAAUUGUAGCAAAAUAUCAAUUUGAUGUACCAUCACAACCAGAUCCUCCAAGUUGUAUUGAUUGUGAUUGUACUUGGGCUAUUGUUGAAUGGCUUGCUCCAUCAUCUAAUGGUGGUUCAAGAAUUCUUGGUUAUAAUUUACAAUAUCGUGAUGUUACUUCACAUAAAUGGAUUAAUGCAUCAACAUCACUUAUUGAUGGUACAAAUUUUAAAGUUAAUAAUUUACGUAAUUGCGGAGAAUAUGAAUUCCGUGUUAUUGCAAAGAAUGGAGCGGGAUGGUCUAAAGCAUCACAACCAUCAAAUCGUAUUAAACUUCAACAAAAAAAUCGUGUACCAGAUCCUCCAAUUCAAUUACAUGCAAAUAGUAUUGGAAGUAAUUGGGUUACACUUACAUGGAUAGCACCUGUUGAUACUGGUGGUUCUAAAAUUACUCAUUAUUCAAUUGAAAAAAGAGAAAUUGGCCAAAAUAUAUGGGCACCAUGUAAUGAUUAUGAUGUUAUUGGAACUGAAUAUACAGUUGAUAGAUUAAAUGAAUUCCAUGAUUAUGAAUUUAGAGUAUAUGCUCAUAAUAAAAAUGGUAAAAGUAUUGCAUCUUUACCAUCAGGACCAAUAAAAAUUCAAGAACAAGCUGGAAUAAAACCAGAAAUUGUUAUUAAACCAGUAGAUACAUUUGCUCCAUAUAAUAAAAGAGUUGUUCUUUCUUGUGAAGCAAUUGGUAGACCAGUACCAACAUGUAGAUGGCUUAAAAAUGGAAGAGAAAUUCCUAAUGGUGCAAGAUAUAGAAUUGAAAAUGGUGAAGGAAUAUAUAAAAUGGUUAUCAAAGAAGCAUGGGAUCUUGAUGAAGGUGAAUAUACUUGUGAAGUUAGUAAUAUUUUUGGAACAGCUACUGCUUCAUGUUAUUUGAAAAUACAAGCACCACCAGUUAUUGAAAGAGAAAUACCAAAUGCUAUUUAUCCAAAUGGUGAAAUGGUUAGAAUUAAAAUAUAUUUCUCUGGUACUGCUCCAUUUAAACAUUCAUUAAAAUUAAAUGAAGAUUAUGUUGAUUUAACAAAUGACAAUAAGAUUAGAUUAGUUGAUUUUGAUAAUCAUGUUUUAAUUACUAUACCAUCAUUAACAACUGCUGAAGCAGGAAGAUAUGAAUAUACAAUUAGUAAUGAUUCAGGUGAAGCAAGUACUGGAUUUUGGAUAAAUGUAACAGGACUACCAUCUGCUCCACAAGGUCCUAUGAUUAUUUCAAAUGUUAAUCAACAUGGAUGUAUGCUUCAAUGGAAACCUCCAUCAAAUGAUGGUGGAUCUAGAAUUAUUUGUUAUGCUAUUGAAAAGAAAGAUGUAGAAAAAGAAGAAUGGAUUUCUGUUGCAUCAUGUGUUAAAGAUUUAUAUUUUAUUGUAUCAAGUCUUUUCCCAGAACAUACUUAUGAUUUUAGAAUAAUGGCAGUUAAUGAAAAUGGACAAGGACCACCAUUAUUAUCUGUUGAUCCUGUUUUAGCAACUCUUCCAUUUAAUCCACCAUCUUCACCUGAACUUGUUGAAAUAUCAUCAAUUGGUAAUGAUUAUGUUACACUUAAAUGGAAUCUUCCAAAAGAUGAUGGUGGAGGUAAAAUUCGUGGAUAUAUUAUUGAAAAGAAAGAAUCUAAUUCUGAUUAUUGGGUUAGAUUAAAUCAAAAUCCAUUACUUGUUUAUAAUAUGGAUGUUUCAUCAUUAAUUGAAGAAAGAAAAUAUGAUUUUAGAGUUUUUGCUGUAAAUGAUGCAGGUGAAUCAGUACCAUGUUUAUUAGAAAAUUAUACAUUUAUACCAUGUAAUGAAGGUGGUUCACCAAUAAUAACUCUUGAAUUAUCUGAUGUUUAUGCAUCACAAGGUACACCAGCAACCUUUAAUGUUGAAUAUGAAUCAAUUCAACCAGUUACUGUUCAAUGGUUUAAAGGUUCCAAAGAAAUUGUUUGUACAAGUAAAUAUAAUAUUUUUGAUAAAGGACACAGUCAAACAUUAAUUGUCAAUAGUACAUCUUUUGAAGAUGCAGAUGAAUAUUCUUGUAGAGUAUCAAAUAAAUUUGGAUUUAAAUCAACAAGAGCUUCAUUAAAAAUAAAAUCUAAACCACGUGUAUUUGUACCACCUAAAUAUAUAACUGGUAUUGAACUUAUUAAAGAUACUAAUUAUGAAAUUGAAAUUCCAUAUAAAGCAAGUCCUUCUGGAAUAGCAACAUGGUAUAAAGAUGACGAAAAAAUUGAUGAUUCCACUAAAUAUUCUAUGAGAAUGGAUGAAAAAUCAUGUUAUUUAAAGAUUAAUAAAACAGCAAGAGAUGACUUUGGAGAAUAUAGACUUGUUCUUCAUAAUGAAGUUGGUUCUGCUGAGGGUCAAUUUAAUGUAAUUGUUUCUGAUGUACCAGAUAUGCCAAGAUAUCCUGUAAUUGAAAAUAUGUUAGAUGAAGCUAUUAUUUUAUCAUGGAAACCACCAAAACUUGAUGGUGGAUCACCAAUUUUAAAAUAUAUUGUUGAAAAAAGAGAAAAUGGUGGAAUAUGGAAUGAAUGUGGUAGUACAAGAUAUUGUUGUUUAACAAUUGAACAUCUUAAACAAAAUAAUAAAUAUGAAUUUAGAGUUAUUGCUGAAAAUAAAUAUGGUAAAAGUGAACCAUGUGAAGGAACAAAUGUAAUUGAGAUGCCUGAAAAUAAAAGAAGAAAUAAGGGUACAUAUAAAGUAGAUGAAAGUGGUAAACUUAUACGUGGUGAAGGAUUACCAUCAUCAAAUUAUGAUAAUUUUGUUUUUGAUGUUUGGAAACAAUAUUAUCCACAACCUGUUGAAAUUAAGCAUGAUUCAAUUUAUGAUUAUUAUGAUGUUCUUGAAGAAAUUGGAACUGGAGCAUUUGGUGUUGUUCAUAGAUGUGUUGAAAAAGCAACUGGAAAUACAUUUGCAGCUAAAUUUGUUAAUACUGUUUCUGAUAAUGAAAAAGAUACAGUUAGAAAAGAAAUUCAAGUAAUGUCUGAAUUACGUCAUCCAUCUUUAAUUAAUCUUCAUGAUGCAUUUGAAGAUGAAAAUCAAAUGGCUAUGAUAUAUGAAUUUAUGUCAGGUGGUGAAUUAUUUGAAAAAGUUGCAGAUGAUAAAAAUAAAAUGACAGAAGAAGAAGCUAAAAAUUAUAUGAAACAAAUUUGUAUUGGUCUUAGACAUAUGCAUGAAAAUAAUUUUGUUCAUCUUGAUUUAAAACCAGAAAAUAUUAUGUUUACUACAAACAAAAGUUCACAAUUAAAAUUAAUUGAUUUUGGAUUAACUGCAAAACUUGAUCCUAAAAAUCCUGUAAAAGUAACAACUGGUACAGCUGAAUUUGCUGCUCCAGAAAUUGCUUCAGGAAAUCCAGUUGGAUAUUUUACAGAUAUGUGGAGUGUUGGUGUUCUUUCAUAUAUACUUCUUAGUGGUUUAUCACCAUUUGGAGGAGAAACAGAUGAAGAUACAUUAAAAAAUGUUAAAAAUUGUGAUUGGAAUAUGGAUGAUUCAGCAUUUAAUGGUAUUUCAGAUGAAGGAAAAGAUUUUAUUAAACGUUUAUUAAUUAAUGAACCUGAAAAAAGAAUGAAUAUUCAUGAAGCACUUGAUCAUCCAUGGCUUGGUGCAAGAAAAGAAGGUGAUACAGGAAAAGAAAUACCAGCUGAAAAUUACUUUGGUGUUAGAGAUAAAGUUCGUGAAAGAUAUGAUGCAUGGGGUGAACCAAAUCCACCACUUGGUCGUGUAGCUAACUUUAGUUCAUUAAAGAAACAUAGACCAGAAGAAUAUCAUAUUCAUGAUGCUUGGUUUGAAAGAACUGAUGCUCAACCAAUAUUUGUUGUUAAACCAUAUUCAACAUCAUGUAAUGAAGGACAAAGUGUUACAUUUUAUUGUCGUGUUAAUGCUUCAUCAACACCAAUUGUUACAUGGCAUAAAGAUUCAAAUGAAUUAAGACAAUCUGUUAAAUAUAUGAAAAAAUAUAAUGGAAAUGAUUAUGCACUUACUAUUAAUCGUGUUAAAAUGGAAGAUCAUGGUGAAUAUGUAGUUAGAGCACAUAAUUCUUAUGGUUCAAAAGAAGAAUCAUGCUAUUUAACAGUAAAUAAAUUAUCUAAUGAAAAUAAAAUGGAUUCUAUUGAACCUAAAAUUCGUAUUAGAACACCACCUAAAAUACAAGAAUUUGAAGAAAAUGUAUCAAAACCACAGUUUACAUUCCUUUUACGUCCACGUUUAAUUCAAAAACAUCAUCAAUGUAAACUUAUUUGUUCUGUUACUGGUAAUCCAAUACCUAAAAUUGAAUGGUUUAAAGAUGGUGUACCAGUAAAUCAAGAUCGCGUACAAUUAAAUUAUAAAUCAGGAGUAUGUAGUCUUGAAAUAUUUAAUGCUAAAAAAGAAGAUGCUGGUGAAUAUGUUUGUAAAGCUACAAAUGAAUAUGGAUAUGAUGAAACUGAUUGUCUUGUUUCAGUCCAAGAACGUGGUGAAACAUUACCAUCAGUUACAAGUUUUUCUAAUUUUAGACAUAGAAGAACACAUGAUACAUUACGUUCUGAUAUAGAUAUAGAAAGAUCAAGAAGUUCAAGUAAUGUUAGAGCAUCAUCAAAAUAUAAAGAUUAUUUUAAUAAUAUGUCAUCAUCAUUAAUUACAUCAUCAUCAUCAUCUUCUUCCUCAUAUAGAUCAUCAACAAAACCAAGAGAAUAUAUAAGCUCACGCCAAUCACCAUUUGAAACAAUUCCAGCAAGUCCAAAUGUUACUAAAGAUUUUUCAAAUAUUAUUAAUGGUAUUGAUAAAAUAAAAAGCAGUAGUGAUUCAUUAAUUUCACAUAUAAAUCCUAUUGUUACCAAUCCUGGAUCAUCAGAAACAUUUACUGCUACUGGAAAAGGAGAAGGAAUAUGGAUGAGGAAUAAUAAACCUAUCAAAGGUACAGAUAAUUGUAUAAUAGAAUCUGAUGGAUAUACACAUACUUUAACUUUAAAUAACCUUAAAGAAGAGGAUUCGGGAAUUAUACAAUUUGAUCUUAUAUCUGAUGGAAAUAAAUUGUCAUCUGUUGGUACAUUAAUUGUAAAUGGAGAAAAAACAAAUGAUUGUAAAGUUGUUUCAUUACCACAAUCAUUAACGGUUUCAGAAGAUUCUUCUGCUAAAUUUGCAUUAGAAUUUGAGAAUGCAGACAAUUUAACAGUUCAAUGGUUUAAAGACGGUGAAAAAGUAGAAAAUAAUGACUACCAUAAGUCAGUCAAGUCAGCUAACACAUUUAAGCUUGAUUUUAAAUCAACCAAACAAUCUGAUGAAGGAAUAUAUGUUGUUAAAGUUAUCAAAGAUAAAAAAGCUAUAGCCAAAUAUAGUGUCAAUUUGAUUGUCAAAGCUUAA